GAGGAAGCAUUUGUAUACCCAGGCGCAAGUACUACAACUCCUUCAAAAGAGGCAGAAUCGAAAGACGCACCAAAAGUAGAUGACCUUCAGAACAAUACACUUUCUCAAGGACCGUCUACAUCUGCUGACGUAGAAAAUGGAAGAUCGUGAAGGCGAGACAGCCUUGCACAAAGCGGCAAUGGCGGGUAAAUUACCUUCGCUCACAUUUCUCAUCAGUUCUGGCGCAUCUGCUAAUAGCGUAGACGGGGAUGGAUGGACACCAUUGCACAAUGCAUGCUCGAAAGGAUUCUUGGAUAUUGUGAAAGUUUUGGUUGAAAAUGCCGGAGCGGCGAUUGAUGUCAAAGGCGGAAGAGGAGGAUGGACACCCUUGAUGAAUGCUGCCUCAAACGGUCAUUUGCCAAUCGUGCGAUAUUUGACCAGUAAGCAAAAAGUGGAUCCAUUUGUGCGCAAUAAUGCUGGAGAAACUGCAUAUGAUGUAGCCGCAGCCACUUUUGAGGUUUUCAUUUGCGAAAUACUGGAAAAGUACGAAAGCGAAAGGUGGGCUGCUUUGAAAUUUGCCGGUUCAGCACCUUCUAAUGCAAAUCAAACUGUGCCUGGACAAGGCCCUUACAAUCCUUUGGCUAUUCAUACAACCGUUCCUGUGAUUGUGUACGAAAAUCAACGUUUGGACACCAGACUUUCCACUUUGGCCAUUCGUGGCGGUAAGCCUAGAUGGAGCGGAACGCAAGCAGGUCGUCCAGACAAGCCAGAUCGUCGUGCUCCCAGCACGAUGUCACCUGGACCGCUAAGUUUGAGCAGAACAAGACAUUUGCCAAUGGCCCGAGAAGAUGUCAAGCUGCCCACAAGAUCGCAACCUUACAAAUUACGAUUGCCCAACAGAAGUGCACAAAUUGCAGCUGCAAAAAAAGCUCGUGGUGAACUUGGAACGGGUGAUGAGGAAUUGGGUACAACACCCACGCCCGAUUCAGUUUUGAGAAGGGGUUCAAACGAGGGUAGUGCUAGUGACAGUGUUGAACCAUCACACUUUUGGCUGUCUACAUGGCAAAAUGAUCUUACUAGCCCUCAAGUUGACGCAGAAUCUGGAUGGCAAUACAGUCAAUCGUUUGACACUCCAGAUGAAAGAUGGUCGGCAAGCGUUCCUGCUCCUCUCACUCGACUUUUGGACGGUCGUGGAUUAGGUGCAAGCGUACAGAGAGCAGUGAGCAGCGUGGUUCUGGCAAGUACCGGUGCUGCUCCUGUUGCUGAGGCUGAAGCUGUGAACGCAGGUUGGGUGAGGAGGAGGAGAUGGGUACGUGUGAUGCGAAGAAGGUUGGAUAUCGCUUUCAAUGACGAUCUCGAAGCUGCAGAACAAAGCUCAUUGGCUUCUUUGACACAAUCGCCGGUUGCUGUUGAAGGACAAAGAGUGUUUGAAUCGAGCGUUGUUUUACAAGCACAAGCUGAUGCCCGUAAUGAUGCACAACAAUUAGGAUCAAAUGCUGAUUAUAUGGCAAGAGCAAAGGCAAUGGCCGGUAGCGGAAUUGGAUCAACACCGGCCGAUAUGGAUGAGAGUGAAUUGGAACGCCGAUUGACACAUAUCGAAUUGGCAGUUACCGAAUUACGUCAACAUGCUUUCAGCGAUGCAGAUGGAGACAGACAACAAAGGGCAGAAGAAUUACUGAAAGAGUAUACCGUUCAAAUGGGUCAAUUACGACAAGCAGCAGGAUUGGACGAAGAAAGCGAAGAUUCAGACGAUGAUUCAGAUGCAGAAUUCAUUUAUCCAAAUUCGUACCGUGAUGAUGGACAAUCUGUUAUUACUCGUAUUGGUGGCGGUCCUUUUGCAACCACUUCUGGCGUUGUGCCUGAUAGACCUUCACCUGCAUUAAGACAAAGUAGCACAGCUUCCGUGUUUGGCGAACGAGCUGCGCCAAGUGAAGCGGGUACUUCGUUGGGUGCUAUUCGAAGUGCUGAUUUAGCGGCUGCAAGUGAAUUCCGUGUGCCUACGAAUGAACAACAUCAAAGGCACUUGACUGGAAACACAAACGGAGCAAGACAACUACGUGAACAAAGCUUGAUUCCGGUUUGGGAAGAUGAUGCAGAGGCUUCAACGUGCAGAGGAUGCAAUCGUAAAUUCACUUUCUUUUUGCGUAAACAUCAUUGUCGUAGAUGUGGUAGAAUCUUCUGUGAUGCAUGUUCGACCCAUCGUGCAAAACUCACGCCUGAAGAAUUGAUCAUCGAUCCUGGAUUGCCGGAGAUGUUGUUGACGGAAUCGAACGGACCUUCACGUAUUUGUGAUGGAUGUGAUGCAGAACGUAGAUUACCAUCUUCUUUACGCAAUUCUCCUUAUGGAUCGGAAGAUUUCUCUGGUGCGGUUCACCGAAUGGACACUCAUUCUUCCGGUCAAUCAGGUAGACAAGAUGAUGUGAGCAGUAGGGCAAGCGAAUUGGCCGAUUGUCCAGUUUGUGGUUUAGCAUUAGCAGGUUUAGGAGAAGAUGCAGCCAUACAAGAAGAACACGUUCGUGCUUGUUUGGAAAACGGCGGUGGCGGUACUGCUGUUCAGGGCGGAAAGUAUUUGGUGUACAGGUUGGACGAAGGACCGAUUGUCGGAAAGGAAUGUCAAAUUUGUUUGGAAGAGAUGCUGAUCAAUAUGACCAUCGCUCGUUUGCCCUGCCUUUGCUACUUCCAUCGUCAUUGUAUUGAUUCAUGGUUGAGCAGAGCACAUGCUUGCCCUGUUCAUGCGAGGUAAAGUGCAUAAAUACCCCUUUGGAUAUCUUUUAUCGGCUAAA